GAGGUUCUUGUCAUUAAAAAGACGCAUCACCACAAGCUCGCCCUUUUCAAAGAACAAAUCGAGUUCGUGUGUGGUGCUAAAUGUUGGAAGAUUGGUACUGGGUUCCCAUAUAAAUGUCAUGAAUGUGAUGUAUCCUUCCAUGUGAAUUGCGUAUGGCGUCCAUCAGAGUUAAAACCCCAGUCAGAGGUAAACCACUCUUCCCACUCCUCGCACCAUCUUAAGCUUAACACAGGUCAACCACCAGACUAUUCUGAUGGAAAAUGUCGUCUUUGCGGAAAAGAGAUUGAUGAAUUAUAUUAUCAUUGUUCUUCGUGCAACUUCACCUUGGAUAUGCAUUGUGUUCUAAACCCACCACCAGAAACUUUGCGUGAUACGAAAGCUCAUGAUCACACACUCAUUCUUCUCCCAAGACUCGAUUCGUUUACAUGUAACGCUUGCGGGUUGAAGGGAGAUCGAAGCCCUUACUUAUGUGUUCAAUGUGGUUUCAUGAUCCACCAAGACUGUCUUGACCUUCCACGCGUCAUAAAGACUAAUCGUCAUGGUCACCGUAUCUCUCGCACUUCUGUUCUUGGUGUUGUGAAUUCUAUUUGUGGAGUUUGCCUCGAGAACAUGGAUUGGACUUGUGGGGGUUAUUCUUGUCAGAGGUGUCCUGGCUAUUUUGUUCAUUCUAAAUGUGCUACUAGAAGCGAUGUGUGGAAUGGGGAAGAACUCGAAGGAGUACCUGAAGAAAAAGAAUAUUUAGAUCCAUAUGUGGUUAUAGAAGACAACACAAUACAACAUUUCAGCCACCAAGAGCAUUGGCUUAGGCUCCACGUUAAUAGUGUUAUAUGGGAGGAAGAGAACAAGCGAUGGUGUAAGUCACGUUGUAUGUAUCCUUUCAUGCUCAAGAUGCUUGGAACCUCAGAUUCAUACGUUUGCUCUGCUGGUUGCCUAUUUAACGUGCUAGUUCCCACCAGGCGAAGGGGAUCGAUAAAGAAUGUGUGUUAA